ACAAGAGCCAAGCCAUUGUCGCGACAGCCUCCAAUGCCGCGCCAAUCGUGUCCUGACUCCUGGGCUCUUGGCCUCGCGACGGGGGAUCGAAGCGCGAUGGAACCCCCAGCCAGAAAGCGGCCAAGCACUGGAAAACAGAUUGCGUUGUUUCCGCCGAACCAGAUGCGGGUUCCAAGACCGGAAGAGGGAGUUCCUCCCUCGAUUAGGUUAUUAGACUAUCCGUCGGCAAUUUCGAAUCAUGUCGCGAGUAGAUGCCAUCCCCAGAUGCUUGGCGGUCGUGCAUACAACACUAAUUCCAACUCUAAUGGUAAUAUCUGCAUAUAAGUUGAGGGCAGUCCCGCGCUGAAGAAAUGCAUCUCUCGAUCAAGUCAACAAUCCUGAUCAAGUCUUCUCAACAUUCUCGCACCCGAUCAAUCCAUCCAGAAUGAAGGUCAACAGCAUCCUCUCUCUGCUUGCCGCCGUGCCGGCAACCAUGGCUUGCCUGGGCUACACCGGCGGUCUGCCCAAGCACACCGGCACCAAGACCUUGAGCUCACCCCGCUACCUUAAGAAGGGUGAAGUGUUUGAUGCUGGCUGGGUCAAGUAUGACCGUGGCCAGAGUUGCACUGGCCAGAGCGAGGGAGGCGAGGCUGACACUGUCUUUGUUCUCGAGGACGGCGCCACCCUUCGUAACGUCAUCAUUGGCAAAAACCAGAGGGAGGGCGUCUACUGCAAGGGCUCAUGCAACCUCGAAUUCGUCUGGUUCGAGGAUGUCUGCGAGGAUGCGAUCAGCAUCAAGGGCAGCGGCACCGCCAACAUUAUUGGCGGCGGUGCCUUCAAAGCUGCGGACAAGGUCAUCCAGCACAACGGCUGCGGUCACGUCAAUAUUAUCAACUUCUACGCCAACGACUACGGCAAGGUCUACCGCUCGUGCGGCAACUGCUCGGGCAACUGCAGGCGGACCGUGCACAUGGAGGGCACCACUGCUGUCAAUGGCGGUGAGCUGAUGGGGAUCAACCUCAACUUGGGUGACAAGGCUACAUACUCGAACAACUGCUACCCCAAGGUCCAGUGCCAGGGCUACAAUGGCUGCGAUAAGUCCAAUGGCGCGUGCGAGCCGACCAAGUCGAGUCUCUGCUGAGCAAGAAGAUUUGCUUGUGGGCUACAUCGACAGGGUUUGACUUUAUAACCGAACGUUGGCGUCGGAUGAGAGAGCAUGGGCACAUUGUCUCCGCCGAGUCCACUCGAAGAUGCUGUGGAAUCCCCCUGGGGGAUAUCUUGUGCUUGUUAUUAGCUAGGUUCGUGUAUUAUGAGCAGUGAUGCGCCCAAAGAUCCUAAUCGAAAAACAGAAAUACC